AUGACGAUAUCCUCAAUCAUUCAUUACUCUUUGAACUGCACGGUCCUUCCUACUCCCAUUCAUCAUCUGAUCUGCCUCAUUUUACAGUGCACCGAGCCCCCGGACCUGGUUUAUUUCCGCAAAUGGCUCGAGAUCGACUCCUCUGGCGUUCUUAGGUCCUAUCCUGUGCGAGCUGGCUUUCCUCAUUGUAACCGCUGGCCGCGGCUCGUCAUAUGCUGGGCGGAGACCAGACGCCAGCGUCGCUGCUUCCCGCAUCAUCCAUCGGUGAUUGCAAGGUGGGCGGCUCCACUUUGCCCAAGUGCGCUCCGAGCACUGUCUAGGUGUCACAGUGGCGAUCGGGACACAGCCCUGCCUUCAUGGAUCUUCUGGGCUGGUCGCGAAGACAGCAUAACCGAUGAUGAGCUGAAGGAGAAAAAUGCCGAACUACAAGAAAAACUUCGACUUGUAGAAUCUGAGAAGUCUGAGAUCCAGCUCAACGUAAAGGAGCUAAAAAGGAAGCUGGAGAAGGCCAAGCUCCUGCUGCCACAGCAGCUGCAGGAGGACGCUGACCACCUGGGUAAGGAGCUGCAGAGUGUGUCCGCGAAGCUCCAAGCCCAGGUGGAAGAGAACCAGUUGUGGAACCGCCUGUACCAGCAACAGGAGGUGAAGAUGCGGAGGCAGGAGGAGAAGAUAAGGGAGCAGGAGGAGAAGAUACGGGAGCAGGAGGAGAAGAUAAGGGAGCAGGAGGAGAAGAUACAGGAGCAGGAGGAGAAGAGGCAGGAGCAGGAGGAGAAGAUGUGGAAGCAGGAGGAGAAGAUACAGGAGCGGGUGAAGAAGAUGCACGAGCAGGAGGAGAAGAUGUGGAGGCAGGAGGAAAUGAUGCACGAGCAGGAGGAGAAGAGGCGGGAGCAGAAGGAGAAGAUGUGGAGGCAGGAGGAGAAGAUACGGGAGCAGGAGAAGAAGAUACGGGAGCAGGAGGAGAAGAUACGGGAGCACGAGGAGAAGAUGUGGAGGCAGGAGGGGAAGAUGCGGGAGCAGGAGGAGAAGAUGUGGAGGCAGGAGGAGAAGCUGCGGGACCAGGAGGAGAAGAUGUGGAGGCAGGAGGUGAAGCUACGGGAGCAGGAAGGGAAGAUGUGGGAGCAGGAGGAGAAGAUGUGGGAGCAGGAGGAGAAGAUGUGGGAGCAGGAGGAGAAGAUGUGGGAGCAGGAGGAGAAGAUGCAAGAACAGGAAGAGAAGAUGCGGAGGCAGGAGGAGAAGAUGCGGGAGAAGGAGGAGAAGAUGUGGAGGCAGGAGGAGAAGAUGCGGGAGCAGGAGUCGAGGCUGUGGCAGCAGGAGGAGAAGAUGCAGAAGCAGGAGGAGCACCUGGAAGCUGCCAUCUACCGAGCACAUGACAAGAAGGCAAAAACAAUAAACAUGUAAAAGCCGGCAGCAAGGCCUGGAGAAGAGUCAGCUGCCAUGUGACUGUUUAGAAUAUAGUCUGAGCCCAAACCUGAAAAAAAAAAAAAAAGAAAAUUUAUUUUAAAUUGUGGCAAA